AUGGAGGGGAAGAGAAGCAUGGGCAGACCAGCAAUGAGAUGGACAGAUGACAUAAAGAGGAGGACCGGAUCAGUAGAGACGGCAGUAACCACCAUGGUAGAGAAGACGAUAGAACAGGGAAGAAUGGAGUGGAAGAGAAGCAUGGGAUUUGGACUUGAGUCAAGUCUAGUCCCGAAAGGGAUCAGGCCCCCUUUGGAACCGGAAUCCAGGUCAAUUCUGACCCAUAAUGUUGUAAAAAUUGAAAUGGGUCAACUUAGAAUUGUGGCAUUACUGACCUGCUGCCUCGUCGCCUGCGUCAACAUUAUUAGAUCGUCGACAUGCAGUCAUGCACAGUGUCGUUACGACUACGUCACUGCAACGGCUGACUGCACUUCACUCAAUCUCGACUGUAUCCCCGCCAACUAUCCAGACGCCCUCAUCAUGGAUCUAAGCCACAACAACAUUUCAGGGCUGGCUUCAGACGAUUUCGAUGACAAGUUCAAGAGGCUGGAGGAAUUGUACCUUGACUACAAUAACAUCUCUAAUAAACUAGACAUCAGCAACAACUCAUUCGAUUCCUUAAUUCAACCAGUUUGGGACGCUCUAGAGUUCUUAAAUGCCGAUACCAACCUGCUGGCAAACCUGUCUUCUACAACCCUAUCAGGGUUUGCCAAUCUGACAGAGCUACACGUAUCAAACAAUCAUCUCUUAUACAUCACAUCCAGUGCAUUGGACCAUCUCUUCAAGCUACAGUCACUGUUUCUCGAUGGCAAUGAACUGACGUCUCUGUUUGUGGGAGUAUUUUCCAACCAGUCUAACUUAGUUGAACUCCCCAUCACCAACAACCGACUCACCAUGUUACAUCCUGAUUACUUCAUAGGUCUGGUGUCGUUGGAGAGUCUGUACCUCGCAGGGAAUCAACUCACUAGCGUCAACUCACAGAUGUUUUGAUUGAUGCCUCAAAUUCUGACUAUAGACUUAUCCCGAAAUAAGCUUCAACUUGUCAACUUAGAGGACUGUGCUCUCGACCUGACCAACCUACAGAACCUGACGUUGGCUUUUAAUCUGAUUCGCGACACGGUGAGUGUCUUAGGCUACUGUGAAAACCUUCAGUUUCUGGAUCUGAGUUUCAACCUGAUCCAAGUCGUGUUUGCACUGUCAGGGAGGAAUUAAGCUUUGUCUAAACUCGAGCUAGAAGGCAACCCACUGCAGUGUGAUUGUAGACUCACAGGUCUACGAGACUGGCUGAGUCGCAACCCACCGUAUGUUGAGCCUCGUUGCGAAGGACCAAUACAUGAGGGUUCAGUGAUAACAGACUUGGACAUUCAAGACCUCUCAUGUGAACCUCCGAAAGCCACAGUGGAUCAACAGACUGUGACCGCCGUGGUUGGACAGACUGCAACUCUUGUAUGUAAAGCUACUGGCAUUCCGGCUCCUCAAAUAACAUGGAUCUCCCCAAACAGCACACAGAUAUACGACGAAUGGCAAGGCAGGUUCGCUCUUCAACAAGAACAGAUUCUGCAUAUAAAACCGGUGGAGGAAUCUGACCAAGGGAUUUUCACGUGUGUGGCCGAAAACGUUUUGGGUGAUGCCGACAGUGCUUUGGUCAAUGUCACAGUUACCGAUACAGUCAGAAAGGCCGAUACCAAACAGUCAACCAGUGGGUAUGUGAACCAACAAGUCCUGGACGAUUAUAGCAAAGCUGAGGGUGUUACACGCGGUGGGACUGGCAAUCAUCCAGCUCACCAAUACGAAGACGUCACAAACACAGGGGAGGAAGAUGAGACACAAUAUGAACCGGUGGCCAUACACAAUUAA